AUGAAUUUUGAAAAAAAUCGAUCUCGAAACGACGAUAGUAGUAAUAAUACUCAAGAUGGUACAACACAUUCUCGUCGACCAAAUUAUUCUUACAUAGAAGAACGAAACGAUGCUCGAACGGGUUCACUCAAUAAUAAAGUAACAAAAUUAAAAGAAUUAGCAAUACAAAUUGGUGAUGAAACACGAGCACAAAAUAAAUAUUUGAAAGAAUUACAUGAUGAUUUUAAUCAGACAGAAAGUUUUGUUGAGUCAGCUAGAAAACGUGUUUUAUUAUUAGCUAAAUCAGUCAAAAAGUUUAAUUUAUAUAAUAAAAGUGUACUGUUUAAAAUACAAGAUCAUUAA